GAGAGGAGCUGGAGGCGGUAACCCCCUCCCCCAGCCCUGGGCUCUGCGUGGGGCCUCCCCCGGAGGCUCCAUGUGGCUCAGCAUUUCCUAUUGGGGCCCAGCCGUUCACACGUAACAGACACGCACACCGCCCCCCCCCCGCGCACGCGCACACACACCCACACCCACAAACACAUACACUAGCACUCGCAACCCCAAGCUCGCUCAUCCUCGGGGCGGGCCCCCCGGUGCUCCGCCCUCCUCAGCUUUGCGGAAAUCAGCUGCAGGCUAGACAAUGAGGCGGUCACAUGACGGGCGAGCCUGACUCUGAGGGGGAUGUGGCUCAGACCGGCUGAGCCUAGCUGGGCGGAAGAAGAGCAGGGCGCGUGCAUCGACGCUGCAGCGGACUGCCCAACUCAGGAUCGGGGGAGAGGAACGAUGGUAGAGCUGUACGGAGGCGUGGAGGGGGGAGCCACCCACUCAAAGCUCAUGCUGCUGAAUCAGGAUGCCAAGAUUGUGUGCGAAGUGGAAGGCCCAAACACCAACCAGUGGCUGACCGGGCUGGAAGUCUGCGCAGAAAGGAUCAAUGCCAUGGUGACCACAGCCAAGAAGAAAGCUGGGGUGGACGUCCUCCUGCCGCUGUGCAGCCUGGGCCUGACCCUGAGCGGGGCGGAGCAGAGAGAAGCCGUGUCCAGUUUGGUUCAGGAGUUAAAGCUUCGCUAUCCCGCCCUGAGCGACAGCUACUUCGUCUCUACUGAUGCCGCCGGGUCCAUCGCCACCGCCACAGACCAGGGCGGCAUCGUGCUCAUCGCCGGGACGGGCUCCACCUGCAGACUGGUCAACUUCGACGGCACCGAGAAGGGCUGCGGCGGCUGGGGACACCUCCUGGGAGACGAAGGCUCUGCCUAUUGGAUCGCCCAUCAGGCAGUGAAGACGGUCUUUGACACCAUGGACAACAUGGAGGUGUCUCCGUGUGACAUAAGCCACGUCAAAAAAAUGAUGAUGGAGUACUUCAAGGUAUCUAACCGGAUGGAAAUGCUCACUCGCGUCUAUAGAGACUUCGAUAAAUCCAUAUUUGCUGGAUUUUGCCGUAGAAUUGCAGAAGGUGCUUUCGAGGGGGACUGCCUCUGCCGGGAGAUUUUCAAGAAGGCUGGCCACAUGCUGGCCAAACACGUGCUGGCUGUGUUGCCCAAAAUAGACCGGGAGCUCUUGUCAGGACCGCUGGGCCUCCCCAUCGUGUGUGUGGGCUCUGUGUGGAAGAGCUGGGAGCUGUUAGAAGAAGGCUUCGUCUCCACCCUCUCUGAGGGAAAGAAGAUCAACGGCUUUUUCACCCGCUUCACCCUGCUCAAGCUGAGGUACUCCUCGGCCCUGGGCGGGGCCAGCCUGGGGGCUCUGUCGGUGGGGAAGCAGCUGCCUUUAGACUACCCCAGGAACGCAGACCCCUUCUACAGGCACAUCCUCUAGUGGGGCUGGCCCUCCCCCUCGGGCGGCGGACGGGGCUGCUUUUGUUAAUCAAUAAACAGAGCUAAACUCUA